CACUUCUAAUUCCCAAAACUAUUAAGUUGCACAAAAAGCAUUGAAUAUCCGAAUAUUCAUUUAUUCAAGAUUAAUACAUACAUGGACAUUUUCGCAAAAUACAAACUCUUUAAUCUCUCCCUUUUCUCUAUCUCUCUCUCUCUCUCUCUCUACCUAUCACUUUCUAUAUUCCAGUUUCACUUUCAAAUUAAUAUUCUUUCCUUUGGAAGGUAAAAACCCACGAAACUUUCACAUCCAUGUGACCAUGUCUAAGGUUCUCGAGCCCCUAGAAGAAGAAAAGACAGUAGAGCAGAAACCCAGAAGCCAAGAAGAAGAAGAUCAUCAAGAGACAUCGAAGAAAGAAGAGUUGUUAGAAUCUUUGUGUACUCCAACUUCAAGUGAUCACAAGAUUCCGGAGGUGGAGACAUGUCCUCCGCCGCCAAGAAAGCGACCGCGUGAGAUUUCUCUGACAAAGAAGAAAAGAUUGUCCAAAGAUCUUCGGUUCUUCGAAGCCACCGACGUCGGAAGCCAAGAGGUAGAGACUUUAUUUGUUCACGAACCAAACCAUAUCCGUAAGAAACGGAGGAGUUAUAGUGCCUGAAUCAAAUUUGAUUCUGUAGAUAUACUCUUCUUUCUUUACCUUUACACAUAAUUUUCAAUCGCUUUAUAUACUACUUAUUAUAAUAAUCUUUAGUCCGAAUUCGUGUUUCUUUAUGGGAUUUUAACUCUGCUUGUGUACAUGAUUUUGUCUAUUCGGUCUUUUUAUUUUUGUCUUUAA